AUGCGCCCCUCUCCUGCAAGGCUUUGGUCGCUCCAGGUGUACGCUUGCGCACGCGGGGAGUCGUGCACACGGCGUUUCCCCGUGCGCACUGCGCUCGUGUACGCGCCCCCGCCCGCCGUCGCCGCCGCCGCCGCGUCGCGUUUGGUUUUCUCUCCCGCAUCUCCGUCUGAGUCGUCGUGCUUGCGGGUGCCCGCGAUGUCCCAGGUGCCGGCCGAGCGCAGCGUGCCGGGAGCAGACGAGGUAGGCGGCGGGCGGCGGGCAGCGGACGAGGCGCAGCGGGGAGGCCCGAUGGCUGCUGUCCGGGAAGGCGCGGCAGUGGUGGCGGCGGUGGCGGCGGCGGCAGCGGCCAGGGGAAGUCGCAUGGCGGCCGCGGCGGCCAGGGAAGGCCGGAUGGCUGAGGCCCGGGGCGGUGCCGCCGGGGCUGCCCGAGCCGGGGCCGGAGGAGGAGGAGGACGCGACGGCGCCGUGGCGGCGGCGGCGGCGGCAGCGGCGGCGGCCGCGUCGCGCGAAGCCCGCAUGGCGGAGGUGGCCCGGUUGCUAGGGGAACCCCUGGAGGAGGAAGGGCCCGAGGGCCGGCCGCGAUCGCGCGCGGGCCACGCCGGGGGCCUGGCGGCCCUGCCGUACCUGCGCCUCCGUCACCCGCUGAGCGUGCUGGGCAUCAACUACCAGCAGUUCCUGCGCCACUACCUGGAGAACUACCCGAUCGCCCCGGGCCGCAUCCAGGAGCUGGAGGAGCGCCGCCGCCGCUUCGUGGAGGCCUGCCGCGCCCGGGAGGCCGCCUUCGACGCUGAGUACCAGCGCAACCCGCACCGGGUGGACUUUGACGUCCUCACGUUCACCAUAGCCCUGACCGCGUCCGAGGUCAUCAACCCCCUGAUCGAAGAACUCGGCUGUGACAGGUUCAUCAACAGGGAGUAGGAGUCUUGAAGGCGUUUCAAGUCCACCCUGGGUCCUGCAACGUGAUUUUUUUUUUAAAUUAAGAAAGGUCAAAGAAUUUGCAGGGGAAAAAAAAAAGUUUGUGGGAAAGCAUUCAAAAAUGGAACAGGGGGAGGAAAAGAAAAAAAAAAAUGCCCAAAGCAUCCUAAGGCUACUGUGAUGUUACUUCUUUGAGUUGAUGGUGGAUGGAUUGAUUUUUUUUUUUUAAACCCUGCGUUGUUGGAGAAAUGUCUUAUCUACAUGUACAUGGCUUCAUUUUUUUUUUUAAUAAAACUGAGACUUGAUGCUGAAAAGAUGGCUCCGCGGUUAAAGGCGCUUGCUUGCAAAGCUUGACUGCCUGGGUUCAGUUCCCCAGUACCCAUGUAAAG